AUGGCUCCCAAGUACCCCAGGUUUGAGCCACAGGGGGAUAGUUUACGACGAUGGAUGGAGCGUACCGAUGAGCCCGGGUGCCCCAUUUCUAAGACUACGCUUACAAUCUCAAACAUGGAUCAUGGCCUCUGGUAUGUCCUUUCCAACCCAGAGUUCCUUACAGACAAUUGGAAGCCGUGGGCUGAUAUGUUUGGCCUCACAGUUGAUGAUCCAGAAAUUACCCAGGAACCUGUUUAUCGAUUUCAAUCGGUUCUGAAAACCAAGGGCGAGCCUACAUUUUGGAUUGGGCGAACUGGACCAGGUGUGAUAUUCAUUGAUAAUAUCAGGAGAGCACAGGACCCCGCGAAUUUCUACAUGUCCGAAUUUGCUAAGGCUUUCUAUGAGUCGCAUUUCCCCUUGGAAAGCCUGAAGUAUGUUUUUGUUACCACUGUUAUUCAAGAGGAAACCGUGCCCUUUCUUCGGGAUCAUAUUUACCAGUCCCGGGAGGGGCUUGGGUUUCCGCCCAAGGAGCCGCAAACUUGGGAGUCGCCUUCGCCGGAAUUUUGCGGUAUUCUGGGUACUCCCAUUGGUAAAGUUAUCGCAGCCCUUGUCUUGUGUGCAUAUGGUCAGGGUGUCAAGCGGAUUCAACGCAUUGUGACAUUUCAUACCGGCGAAGACCGGUGGGAAUAUAACCUUCGAUUUGAUAUUGAAGAUGUCAGCAUCACUCAUUAG